CUUUGAUCUCAAGCUGUUAAGAUCGUCAAGCAACUUGUCGAAGGUAUCGAACAGGAGUUGAAAGAUGGCGGUCAACGCAGCAAAGCAUGGCGUCAAGACGCUCGGGGUCAUUGGCAGCGGCCAGAUGGGACUUGGCAUCGCAUUUGUCGCGGCAGUCAAAGCCCAGGUUCCAAAAGUCCUGCUCUGUGACGCAUCACCAGCGCAGUUGAAGAAAGGUGUAGCAUUCUUCGACAAGCUUCUCGCCAAGGAUGUGAGCAAGGGCAAGCUCACGCAGGAGGAAGCCGACGCGGCCAAAGCGCGCCUGCACCCCGUCGAUGGCAUCCCCGCGCUUAAGUUGAGCAGCGAUGACUCACCCCAAAUGGUCAUCGAGGCCGCUACCGAGUCGCUAGCCGUAAAGCAAAAGAUUUUCGGAUCACUCGCGUCAACACUACCACUCUCCACAAUCCUCGCUACGAACACAUCCUCCAUUUCCGUCACAAAAAUUGCAGCCAGUGCCAUCGCAGAGAAUGCAAAGGCUGGCUCGGAAGAUGCCAUUGAAGGGCCGAAACGCGUGCUCGGAUUGCACUUCUUCAACCCGGUACCGGUCAUGAAGCUCGUGGAGCUCAUCCCGGCACUUCAGACCAGUAAGGACAUCGUCGACCGUGCGCACGCAUUCGCCGAGGCCUGCGGCAAGACGGUCACACAUAGCACCGACGUACCCGGCUUUGUUUCGAACCGGCUGCUGAUGCCCUUCAUCAACGAGGCGAUAAUGACACUGGAGAAGGGCAUUUCAAGCAAGGAGGACAUCGACACAUGUCUCCGCUUCGGUAUGGGUCACCCCAUGGGCCCGUUGGCACUGGCAGAUUUCAUCGGCCUCGACACCUGCCUUUACAUCAUGGAGACCAUGUAUCGCGAAACAUGCGACUCGAAGUACAGGCCCUCUGUCUUGCUUGGGCGCAUGGUUGAUGCCGGCUGGUAUGGAAAGAAGAGCGGAAAGGGAUUUUACGACUACCCAUCUGAUACCAGAGUAUAAAAUAGCAC